AUGGCUCAGCACUUCUCCCUGGCCGCCUGCGACGUGGUCGGCUUCGACCUGGACCACACUCUGUGUCGCUACAACCUGCCCGAGAGCGCCCGGCUCAUUUACAAUAGCUUUGCUCAGUUCCUGGUCAAGGAGAAAGGGUAUGACAAGGGAUUGCUCAUGGUGACCCCCGAGGAUUGGGAUUUCUGUUGCAAGGGCUUGGCACUGGAUCUGGAAGAUGGGAACUUCAUUAAACUUGCAGAUAACGGUACCGUGCUCAGGGCCAGCCACGGCACAAAGAUGCUGUCUCCGGAGGCACUGGCGGAGGAGUUCGGCAGGAAGGAGUGGAAGCACUUCAUGCCCGACACGGGAAUGGCCUUCCGGUCAGGAAAAUACUACUUUUAUGAUAACUACUUUGACCUGCCUGGAGCUCUUCUAUGUGCCAGAGUAGUAGACUCUUUAACAAAGAACAAUGGUCAAAAACCAUUUGAUUUUUGGAAGGACAUAGUCGCUGGUAUACAACAUAAUUAUAAAAUGUCAGCUUUUAAAGAAAACUGUGGAAUAUAUUUUCCAGAAAUAAAAAGAGAUCCAGGCAAAUAUUUACACACUUGUCCAGAAUCAGUAAAAAAGUGGCUUCGACAGCUAAAGAAUGCUGGCAAAAUCCUUAUGUUAAUUACUAGUUCUCACAGUGAUUACUGUAGACUCCUCUGCGAAUAUAUCCUUGGGAAUGAUUUUGAAGAUCUUUUUGACAUUGUGAUUACAAAUGCAUUGAAGCCUGGUUUCUUCUCUCAUUUACCAAGUCAGAGGCCUUUCCGUACACUUGAGAAGGACGAAGAGCGGGAGGCCCUGCCUUCUCUGGAUAAACCUGGCUGGUACUCACAAGGGAAUGCUGUCCACCUUUAUGAACUUCUGAAGAAAAUGACUGGCAAACCUGAACCCAAGGUUGUUUACUUUGGUGACAGCAUGCAUUCAGAUAUUUUCCCAGCCCGUCAUUAUAGUAAUUGGGAGACAGUCCUUAUUCUCGAAGAGCUCCGAGGGGACAAAGACAGGAAGCCUGAGGAAUCAGAACCUGAAGAGAAAAAAGGCAAAUAUGAGGGAUCAAAGGCAAAGCCUCUAAAUACAUCAUCUAAAAAAUGGGGGUCUUUUUUUGUUGAUUCAGUUUCUGGACUGGAAAAUACAGAAGAUUCCUUGGUUUAUACAUGGUCUUGUAAGCGAAUCAGUGCUUACAGCACUAUUGCAAUUCCAAGUAUUGAAGCAAUAGCAGAAUUACCCCUGGACUACAAAUUUACAACGUUCUCUUCAAAUAAUUCAAAAACAGCAGGCUAUUAUCCAAACCCUCCAUUGGUCUUAUCAAAUGCUGGAAAACUGACAGCCAAAUAA